AAAGAAAAAAAAAAGUUGGGGGUUAAUUUGCAUUUCUUAAUCCCUCCACUUUAUAGAAAUCAACAACACAGGACAAUACUACAGGCUACAACAGCACAUCAUGAUGGACUACAAUCAGAGAAAACUCCCCAAUCUCUCUCCAAUUAGGCCAUCUCUCUCUUCCCUAUAACAUUAUGCACUCUUGGUAGGCCUUUUGGUACUACCAGAAACCUCAUUCAUUCAUUCAAUUCUCCCAAGUUCCUGGCUUUCCUCAUCACCCUAUUCCCCCCUCCCUCUUCACAUUCCAAAUUGCACUCUCACAUUGUUUGCUGAUGCCAUGAACUAAAUAUAGAAGCAGCAGUAGAAAAUCAUGAAUCAGAAAACUGGUCACAUAAAGACAGCUGAUUAGGAUAACUGCUCUGUUUUUUUUUUUUUUCCCCUCUCCUCAAAUCUCAUCGUUUCUUGUAUCUUGUGUGUGACUGUGUGUUUGGGUUUUGGGGGCAAACGCCACACAGAGUCACACACUUGGCAUUAUCUGCAACAAGAUUAGGAGGAAAGAAAGGAAGAAACUUCUAGUUGAGCUGAGAAAAAAUUAAAGGGCCCAAAAAGAUGAGUAUGGAGAAAGAGAAGGAUAGGAAAAUGUUUGUUGGGGUUGUGUGGAAUUGUGCUGCUGAGCUCAAAUACCUCCUCACAGCUCUUCUCUUCCUCUGUUCUUUCGUUACCAUUCUUCAAUUUCUCCCCGCUCGAUUCUCACUCUCUGCUACAGAUCUCCGGCCUUGCCUCAACACCCCACCAUCUCCGACCACCAUAACUUCUACCACCACCAUCUCUUUGUUGGAGAGCCGGAGCAAUACCACGACGGCGACGGCCACCGCCGUGACUACUGCCACCACCGAUUCACAGCCGGACCACCUUCCCCUUCCGCCGCCGGCGCCGCCCGCGGCUCAGAAAGACCAGGUUCUUGAAAAUGGGGUUGUUAAGAGGGCUUUCAAUCCUUACGGAGCUGCCGCUUACAACUUCAUUCUCAUGUCGGCUUACAGGGGCGGUCCCAACACUUUCGCCGUCAUGGGUUUGGCCUCCAAGCCUCUUCACGUCUUCGGCAAGCCUUCCUAUCAAUGCCAGUGGGUCCCAAAAGGCGGUGCCGAUUCCUAUAAGCAAGAGAGUGAACCGAUUUUUACAGAUGGUCAGAAAAUCCUCCCAGAUUGGGGAUAUGGCCGGGUUUACACCGUUGUGGUUGUGAAUUGUACUUUUUCGGCCAUCCCAGUUGUGGGUGGUGGCGGCGGUGGUGGUAAGUUGCUCCUCCACGCUAUAACCAACGGCGGCGGUGAUACCAACUUCAAUUUGACGGACACGAUUGAGGCAUUGUCGGAAACAAGUGAAGAUUUGAAGAAAUUCGACGAAGUAUACAAGGCCAAACCCAAGUAUGAUUAUCUGUAUUGUGGGUCGUCUUUGUAUGGGAAUUUGAGUCCACAAAGAGUGAGGGAAUGGUUAGCCUACCACAUUAGACUAUUUGGUGAGAAAUCCCACUUCGUGAUUCAUGAUGCUGGUGGUGUUCAUCCCGGAGUUAUGGAAGUACUGAAGCCUUGGAUGGAGAAAGGUUAUGUGACGUUGCAGGAUAUAAGGGAACAAGAGAGGUUUGAUGGGUAUUAUCACAAUCAGUUCCUUGUGGUGAAUGAUUGUUUGCAUCGGUAUAGAUAUUCGGCAAAAUGGAUGUUCUUCUUCGACGUGGAUGAGUUCAUUUUCGUGCCCAAGAAGAGUACUCUGAAAACCGUGAUGGAUUCUCUUAAGGAUUACACUCAGUUCACUAUUGAACAGAUGCCCAUGUCUAACAAACUCUGCUUAGCUGAGGAUGCUGGUAAAUCCUACAGGAAAUGGGGAUUUGAGAAACUAGUGUACAAGGAUGUGAAAAGGGGAAUUAGGCGAGACCGCAAAUACGCCGUGCAACCGCGUAAUGUGUUCGCCACCGGAGUUCACAUGUCUCAAAACACGGUUGGGAAAACAACCCACAAGACGGAAGGCCGGAUCAUGUAUUUCCAUUACCACGGCACCAUCGCUGAACGCCGGGAGCCCUGCCGGCAAGUGGUCAACACCACUGACAUCAACAUCGACGGCACCCCAUACUCUGUAGACACUUCCAUGAGGAUCGUGGCUGGAUUCGUGAAGAGGUUCGAGCUUAAAAUGAUUGGUUCCGUCCUACAGAGAACGCGGCAAUGAAAAUCAAAAGCUUCCGAUGUAAUUCUAUUUAAUUUAAUUGUUUUUUUUUUUCCACAAAUCUUGGUCGGAUCAGUAGGCGAAUUUUGGUGAAGUUUGUCUUUGUAAGAUAGCUCGCUCUCUCUUUUUCUUCCUUACAACAAUAAAUUUAGAUAUGCUGCAUAUAGAUUAAUACGAAAAGGCUGUAUAUGAUUUGGGUAUAGAAAGAGGAUUGGAAUUCUUUCAUGUGUUCUAUUCAUUCAUCCUUUUUAGUUUCUGUACAAUUUUUUUUUUUUUUUUUUUAAGCACACAAAUCUUGGCUGGAAAUUGUUGUCGGUUUGGUGAUGGGAGAAUCGCUUUUUGUCGCCACCACUGGUGAAGCGUGUUGCGCUUUGGUCCUUGUUCAUAUGCUCUCACUAUUCAUUAUUACCAUUCCCAUUCCUGCCAGCCAGCCAGCUCUGUAACUUAUUAUUAUAGCGG